AUGUCGGCUUCAGCUGUGUCGCAGACCUUGGGUCAGCUGAGAGACAGAGGCCCCAUUAUUCCAACAGCUGUUGUUGCAACAGCAUUCAAAAUACUGUUGUUUCCUGCUUAUAAGUCGACUGACUUUGAGGUACAUCGUAACUGGCUAGCCAUCACCAAUUCCUUGCCGGUCCAGAAGUGGUAUUAUGAGGCUACCUCAGAAUGGACGUUGGACUACCCUCCGGCGUUUGCGGCCUUUGAAUGGUUUCUUUCUCAACCCGCAAGUCUCAUCGACCCAGCCAUGCUUCAGAUCAAAAAUCUGAGGUAUGAUUCAUGGGCAACCAUCUGCUUCCAGAGAAGCACUGUGAUCAUUACCGAACUUUUGCUGGUCUAUGCUCUGCACAAGUACACGACAACAUCACCUUCAUCGACACGCAAACAAAGCCAUGCGGUGGCGUUAUCAAUCCUCCUAUCGCCCGGCUUGUUGAUUAUUGACCACAUCCAUUUCCAAUACAACGGAUUUCUUUAUGGCGUACUCAUUCUCUCAAUGGUGUUCGCGAGGAAGGAUUCAACCAUGUUACUCAGUGGGAUCCUCUUUGCAGUCCUCCUGUGCUUGAAGCAUAUCUAUCUCUAUUUGGCGCCGGCCUACUUUGUCUACCUUUUAAGGGUAUAUUGCCUGCAUCCAAAGAAUGUGUUUCGACCUCAAUUCGCCAACGUUCUCAAGCUUGGGAUUUGUAUGGUCGGAAUUUUUGGCGCCACUUUCGGACCAUUUGUCGCAUGGGGUCAGUUGGAGCAGAUCAAGGCCCGACUGUUCCCGUUCUCCAGAGGGCUAUGUCAUGCUUAUUGGGCACCCAAUUUCUGGGCUGUUUACUCCUUCUUGGACAGAGUGUCGAUCGUCGCGGCUCCAUAUAUAGGGUUGAAGAUUGACUCCGCGGCCGUCAACAGCGUCACUAGAGGAUUGGUUGGCGACACCUCGUUCGCAGUAUUGCCGACGAUCACAGCUCAGCAUUGCUUUGGUCUGACAUUGGCAUUCCAGAUCAUUGGACUGACCAAGCUAUGGCUGAAACCGAGCUGGGAUAGCUUUGUGGGAGCAGUCACAUUUUGUGGCUAUGCCUCUUUCCUAUUUGGUUGGCAUGUACAUGAAAAAGCUAUUCUACUGGUCAUGAUUCCGUUCAGCUUGUUGGCCAUCAAGGAUCGAUCAUUCUUGGCCAGCUUCCGACCUUUAGCUGUGGCGGGACAUGUAUCGCUGUUUCCGCUGCUGUUUACCCUGGCCGAGUUCCCCAUCAAGGUGGCUUAUACCAUCUCGUGGUUGAUCAUCUUUUUGUAUACCUUUGACCAACUGGCGCCCGCGCCAGCAAGACGCAGAGUGUUCUUGUUGGAUCGAUUUGCUUUACUCUACAUUGCGAUAUCGGUGCCGUUGAUGAUCUACUGCUCAGUGGUUCAUGGUAUUGUUUUUGGUGAACAGUAUGAAUUCUUACCCCUGAUGUUCAUCAGCACUUACUCUGCGGUUGGAGUUCUUGGGUCAUGGUUGGGAUUCAUGGUUUGUUACUUUGGUCUUUGA